AUGGAAGACAAAUCCAACUCGUUUUCCAACAAGGAGGAAAAGGCGGAUGGGAAUAAUGUCUUUCAAAGGCAAGACUCGAUACAGAAAAAUAACACAGGCAGCCAGAACAUGAAGGAGCACAGCAACUCAGUGGGCUUCAAGGGGGAACGGGAAGAGGCCAUGGUGGGCUUUGACGACUUGGAAGGGGCGUCCAGGCAACACGGGUUUAUGCAAAGGCAGUUUGGGGCCAUGAUGCAGCCCGGAGUCAAUAAGUUCUCCUUGCGGAUGUUUGGCAGCCAGAAAGCCGUGGAGAAGGAACAAGAGCGAGUGCAAACGGCCGGAUAUUGGAUCAUUCAUCCAUAUAGCGAUUUUAGGUUCUACUGGGACUUGAUAAUGCUCAUCAUGAUGAUGGGAAAUCUAAUCAUCAUUCCUGUCGGAAUAACCUUCUUCUCAGAGCAGACUACCACCACCUGGCUGGUUUUCAAUGUGGCCUCAGACACCAUCUUUCUGGUGGACCUGGUCAUGAACUUCAGGACUGGGAUUGUCAAUGAGGAGAGCUCUGAGAUCAUCCUCGACCCAAAAAUAAUCAAGAUGAAUUAUCUGAAGAGCUGGUUUGUUGUGGACUUCCUAUCAUCCAUCCCAGUGGAUUAUAUAUUUUUAAUAGUGGAGAAAGGCUUUGAUUCUGAGGUAUAUAAAACAGCCCGAGCCCUGCGAAUUGUCCGCUUCACCAAGAUUCUCAGUCUCCUCCGGCUCCUAAGACUGUCCCGUCUCAUCAGAUACAUUCAUCAAUGGGAGGAGAUUUUCCAUAUGACCUAUGACCUGGCUAGUGCUGUGGUAAGAAUAUUUAAUUUGAUAGGAAUGAUGCUGCUUCUAUGUCACUGGGAUGGCUGUCUCCAGUACCUGGUGCCUCUCCUACAAGAGUUUCCGCCUGACUGCUGGGUGUCCCUAAAUGGUAUGGUUAACGUUUCCUGGGGUAAGCAGUACUCCUACGCCCUCUUCAAAGCCAUGAGCCACAUGUUGUGUAUUGGGUACGGUGCCCGCGCCCCUGUCAGCAUGUCCGACCUGUGGAUCACCAUGCUCAGUAUGAUUGUAGGCGCCACGUGCUACGCCAUGUUUGUAGGCCAUGCCACAGCCCUAAUCCAAUCACUGGACUCCUCACGCAGACAAUACCAAGAGAAGUACAAACAAGUGGAGCAAUACAUGUCCUUUCACAAGCUUCCAGCAGACAUGCGCCAGAAAAUCCACGACUAUUACGAGCACCGCUACCAAGGGAAGAUUUUUGAUGAGGAGAACAUCUUGAGUGAGCUCAAUGACCCGCUCAAAGAAGAAAUUGUCAACUUCAACUGCCGUAAGCUGGUAGCCACCAUGCCAUUGUUUGCUAACGCUGACCCCAACUUUGUGACAGCAAUGCUGAGCAAAUUAAAGUUUGAAGUUUUUCAGCCCAAUGACUACAUUAUAAGGGAAGGCACAGUGGGUAAGAAGAUGUAUUUUAUUCAACAUGGAGUGGCAAGUGUCAUCACCAAGUUUAACAAGGAGAUGAAGCUCACAGACGGCUCUUAUUUUGGAGAGAUCUGUCUGCUGACCAAGGGCAGGCGCACAGCCAGUGUGCGUGCAGAUACUUACUGCCGUCUCUUCUCCCUGUCUGUGGACCAUUUCAAUGAGGUGUUGGAGGAGUACCCAAUGAUGAGAAGGGCAUUUGAGACUGUUGCCAUUGACCGGCUGGACAGAAUCGGGAAGAAGAACUCCUUGCUGCUGCAGAAGUUCCAGAAGGACCUGAACGCCGGCGUGUUCAACACCCAGGAGAACGAGAUCUUGAAGCAGAUCAUUCGUCAGGACAGGGAGAUGGUGAUGAUGGUGGACCGCAAGCAGUCAGUUACCGGGAUGAACUCAACCCCAAUGUCAGGAAACUCCAUCAUUAACUCACCAGCUCAACCGCCAUACUCCACUGCCUUUGGCACCAGUCAGCUCCAGCAGUCCUCAGUACCUCUGACCUAUAGUGCUUCAGCUAUUGCCAAUGCCUCCGCUGGCCGCAUCCUGCCUGUGGCUGCAGCUGCCGCGGCUGCUGCUGCGCAGGGCAUUUUCCCUGCUCCCAGUAUGUCCCAGGGCAACCUGAACUCCUCCUCCAUCAACCCCCAGACCCCACUGCAGACUCCCCUGCAGCAGCCGGGCUCCAUCAUAUCUCCCUGCUCCUUCACCGCUGCCAUGUGCAGUCCUCCUGUACAGACACCCCUAGCCAGUCGGAGCUUCCAGUACAGUUCUCCCACUGCCUCCCAGCUGUCCCUCAUCCAGCAGCCCAGUCAGCCUGCGCCUUCACUCCCCCCACAGCCUCCGCUCCCUCAGCAGCCCAUUGUUUCCACUACAGUGGGUGCCUCUGCAGCCCCACAGCCUCCUCCUCAGCAGCAGCAGGCCCCUUCUCCCCAGAGGGGCGACGUCCACAAGAGCACACAGGCUCUUCAGUCGGGCAGCUUGAGUCGGGACCUCCGACACUUAUCAGCCUCCCAACCUUCACUGCCACACGACACAUCCUUGGGGCCCAGGGCACACCCUGCGACAGGAGACUCUCUGGCCUCCAUAGUGCCACCCACAGCGGCUGCAGCCAUCCAGGGAAUGAGUCUGCAGGGUAUCCGCAGCACCAUGCCCCAGCGGGUCAGCCUGUUCCGACAGAUGUCAUCCGGAGCCUUGCCCCCGGUGCGCUCGUCACCUGCAGCCACAGCAGCUGCAGCAGCAGCAGCAGCGGCUGUCCCCACCCCACCCUCUUCCACCGCCCCACACAGGGAGUCUCCUGGCUCUAGAAGAGAUUCUGUUCUUAGCAGUACAGAGAUUGAGCAGGACAAAAUGCGCUUUGCAUCAAAUUUAUGA